CAACGGCAGAGAUUCAAACCUUUUGUUGAGAAGAUUCAUUGAAACUGGAACAGAACUGUAGAGAAGUGCCCAGAGGGCAGAGACGCAUUUUCUUUCAUUUAUCUUUCUUUUUUUUUUGUCUCUCUCUUACAUUACUCAACAAAAACCAGACUUACAACAAUUUUUCUUUUUGUUAGAAUUUAGACAGAGAUAGAAAGACAAAGACAAAGACAAAGAUAAAGCGUUAGCUGGUUUUGUCAUAAAUGAGGUGAGAGUGAAGCAGAGAGGGGGGUGCAGUUCUCAUGGCGGCGUUGCAGGGGCUCUAAUUCCGUGCUAUUAUUGCUUGGAAUUGAAGGAAGAGGGAGAGAGAGAGAGAGAAGAGUGUCGGGGGAUCAGUCAAGGGAAACCAUCCCUGUUUGUGUGUCUUAACCUCAAAAGCUGCAAGAAAAAAAAAAAAAAGAUAAACACCUAAACUCCCAAAGAUCACAAAAGAAAAACAGGCUGUUCUACUAAAUUAUAGUCAUUAAGGGUGAGGAGUAAAGGGAGGGAGGGGUCGGUCAGGGUCAGACAUAGCAGAAACAACAAAGAUCGGGUCAAAACAAAGCCCCCAACAAACAGUGGUCUUUAAAAACUCACCAGAAAAAGCUUCCACAGUUGAAACUCAUAAAGACCCCAGGGAAAAUCCAACCAGCUCAUAACACUAGUGAUCUGGGUGUGUGGGGUGGGGGUACUAAAUAGGGUGUAUCUGCUAUGGAUUUUUGGUCCAAAUUGAGGUUGGUUUCAGCUUUUGGGUGUAACAAAUGGCUGGCUUCUUCUAUCUAGGCGGACGAGAAGGAGCUGCAAACAAACAAGAAGGAGAAGAUAAAGAGGAGAACCUGUAUUUGUACAGAAACGAGGAGAUCUACAACAAAGGGUUUGAGAUAUGGCCACAGUAUUAUUACCAACAGCAAAACGUGAAUAAUUACUCGUUUGGAGCGGGGCCUAGUCGAAGAACAAGCGGCUUUAACCUCUCUGAUGAGUCGUCUUCGAGAUCAGCAGGUUUUUCGGUUUUGAGACAAGGAGGCAUGAACUGUCAAGAUUGUGGAAACCAAGCUAAGAAAGAUUGUGCCCAUUUGAGAUGCAGGGCUUGCUGCAAAAGCCGAGGGUUUCAGUGUCAAACUCACGUUAAGAGUACUUGGGUUCCUGCUGCUAAAAGGCGAGAGAGGCAACAACAACACGCAACUUUGCAACAACAACAGCAGCAGCAGCAGCAAAAUCAACAACAAGAACACCAACAACAGUUUCGAGGAGAUAAUUCAAAAAGGCAGAGAGAGAAUCAAGGUCCUUCCUCUCUUGCCUGCACUCGUUUAUCCCCCACCACGUCAGGGUUGGAACUGGGUCAAUUCCCUCCAGAAGGCAUGUAUUCAAGGGAAUUCUUUACGAUCAAGGCCCCGAAAGUCGUUACACCAGUGGCGGCGAAAGCUCUCAGCAACUCAAUCUCAUCACAGAGGCAGCAGCUACCACUGCAGAUGCUGCUACAACGACAGCCGCUGCUACUUCGAGCAAUCCAGGCACAAGUAUGCUUGACCCUUCCCUUUAUCCAGCUCCACUCAACGCUUUCAUUGCUGGUACGCAAUUCUUCCCACCUGCAAGGUCUUGAUUUACAGGCCUGUCUCCAAUGUUCCACUCUCUCUUAUAGUACCCUUCCUUUUAAACAAAACUUUCAUUUGUCAGAAACGACUCUAGAUUGUUGGUCUCUAGCUCAUUGUUAUUGGUGCUCCUUUUUACUACUCGUAUGUUCAAUGCUAACACCCAUCGAAGUAGAAAGCAUAGAAUUUGAAUGAGAAUAGAAAUCAAGGAUGCAUAUGAUAUUGGAGGAUGUUGGUUUUUGUUUUUGAAUUUCAAUUCAGAAUUUCACUGUUGUUUUUUAUUCGAUCUAUGAGUAUUAGUCCUCUAUUUUUUUUAAAAUUUUUUCGAUUGGAGUGUACUUAGUGUAGCAUAUGAAUGUGUGCUUUUUUGGUGGGAAUUAUUUUUUUGUUUCUUAUUGGAUUUCUUUAUGGAUUUUUUUUCUUACUUUUUGUGGGUUUAAUCGAUCUUGAAUCUGCUUUCUGGUUGGUGUUGAACUCGAAGCAGCUUUUUUCGAUUUAUCCCUUUGCUUGCCGGAUGGAAGUGGGACGAGAAGAAUGGGUUUCGUG